AUGUUGAACGAUUACUUUGCAUCUCACACUGAGGCGAAGUUUGGUCUGAUAGUUGCUGUCGUUGCUGCCAUUAUAGGCUUGAAGUUCUGGGCAGAGAGACAGAGCUCACCAUCCCAACCAUCAAGCGGUGAUGAGAAAGACGAUGAUACUCCAAAAGUUGCACUGGACUCAAAGGAAUUCAGGAAAUUCCCAUUGAAGGAGAAGUUCAUUGUCAAUCAUAAUACACGUAUCUUUAGGUUUGGACUACCAAACCCAACUGAUCGUCUGGGUUUGCCAACGGGACAGCAUAUCUCGGUGCGCGCAGUGGUCAAUGGCAAGGAAGCCUUCCGUCCAUACACACCAAUCUCCUCGGACGAGGACCUGGGCCACUUUGACCUGUUGAUCAAGGUCUACGAGAAGGGCGUCCUCUCUGGACACAUUGACAAGAUGUUCAUUGGCGAUAUGAUCGACGUUCGUGGACCCAAGGGCAUGUUCAACUACUUCCCCAACAUGUUCAAGAGCAUUGGAAUGCUCGCUGGUGGCACUGGAAUCACACCAAUGUACCAAGUGAUCAAGGCCAUCCUUCGCAACCCCGAGGACACCACUCAGAUCAGUCUCAUCUUUGGAAACAUCACCGAAGAAGACAUCCUCCUCGGUCGCGAAUUGAAUGAGUUGGCUACAGCUCAUCCAGACCAACUCAAGAUCUACCAUGUGUUGAAUAAUCCAUCAAAGGGAUGGACUCAAGGAUCUGGAUUCAUCACUCAAGAUAUGAUUAGGGAGCGUCUGCCUGCUCCAGCUGGAGCCGACACCAAGAUUCUGUUGUGUGGACCACCAGUCAUGAUCAAAGUUAUGAAGGCACACCUUUCACAGAUGAACUACGAAGAGUCUUCUGUCUUUUCAUUCUAA